AUGGGCAGAAGGAAUAUCACACAGGUGUCUGACUUCAUCCUCAUGGGACUGACAGACUCUGAAGAGAUCCGGCUGGUCCUCUUCACCCUCUUCCUCCUGAUAUACCUGAUCACUGUGCUGGGGAGUGUGGGGAUGAUCCUGAUAAUCCGCCUGGACCCCCAGCUUCACAGCCCCAUGUAUUUUUUCCUCAGUCACUUGUCAUUCCUUGACCUCAGUUACUCAAGCGUCAUCACCCCUAAAACCUUAGACAACUUACUGACUUCCAUCAAAAAUAUUUCAUACCUGAACUGCUUCAUUCAGAUGUCUUUCUUUGUCUUCUUGGGUGCCACUGAAUGUUUCCUUCUCUCCUCCAUGGCCUAUGAUCGCUAUGCAGCCAUCUGCAGCCCUCUGCGUUACCAGGUGGUUAUGUCCACCAGGCGAUGCUGCUCUCUCGUCUUUGGAUCCUAUUUGAUUGGCUUUACAGAUUCCUUUGUCAAUGUGCUUUGCAUGAACAAAUUGCAUUUCUGCAACUCCAAUGUAAUCUACCACUUCUUCUGUGACACAUCCCCAAUUCUAUCCCUGUCCUGCACUGACACACACGACAUUGAAAUCAUGGUGUUCAUUGUCGCUGGUUGCACCCUAGUGGUGUCUCUUAUCACAAUAUCCGUGUCCUAUGUGUUCAUCCUGUCCACCAUCCUGGAAAUUUCUUCCACUUCAGGGAAGCGGAAAGCCUUCUCUACCUGUGCCUCCCAUCUCCUGGGAGUCACCAUCUUUUACGGCACUAUGAUUUUCACUUACUUAAAACCAAGUAAGUCCUACUCCUUGGGAAAGGAUCAAGUGGCUUCUGUUUUUUAUACUAUUGUCAUCCCCAUGCUGAAUCCCCUUAUAUACAGUCUUAGAAACAAGGAAGUGAAGAAUGCUGUCAGUAGAGUCAUUCAGAAAAGAAAGGCUUCCAAGCAAUUAAAAUAA